GCCCUCGAACCUCCUCGAACGUGGCUUUCGAACCCCGCAUCAAUAGCCGGGGGUCUAACGGCACAGACCCCUGAUGUAGCUUGCUGCAAGACAGGAAGUCUUACUCUUUUUGGGCGGUUACAGGGGUCCCUAUACCUUUUCCACACCACUGACGCGGCGUCCAAGUUGUCACUCCAUAAUGUCCGCCGCGGGAGGUCCGGACCCGUUUUUGGUUCCAUACUUGCCAUUCUUCUUCACACGAUCUAUUGGAAAACGGAAACGAGACGCAGAUCAGGAGGACGAAGACGAUAGUUUCGCAUAUAUAUCAAGUAGAGGCAAGACGAAGACCGCUUCCAUACGGCGAAGAAUGUGCCAGCGGUACAUUAAACGCAUGCUAUCCCGGGACAACUGCGUAGAUCGCACCGACCUGGAAAACAAGCGCUUCCCCGAACACGAAGAAUUCAUAGCAGCCUGGGUACCUCCUAUCCGAAAGAACACCACGGCGCGCGUUUACAAACGAGGGUUCAGCGGCGUUGUUGAUUAUGUGGACAACAGCGGACGAUACGUUCCCGAAGAAGUCGAAUUGGAAGAUUCCAGCGAUAGGCCCGGGAUGCCGAUGGCGUCGACAGGAUACACGAAUAAGGUCGCAGGAGGAUACACGUGCAAACGCGCAGACGACCAACUGUUGGAUGGUGGGGAUGACGACGAGGACGAAGUUUUGCCACCGUAUGGGCAGUCCGAUAAGGAGGACUAUGCGUGGUCAGAUGAGUCCGAGUGGUCGGAUGAGGAACGAGAAGCGAAGCCGGCGAAACAACCCGAACAACCCGCACCUAAAGCUGCGGAAGGAGAUGGAAAGGAAAAUGUGGCGGCAUAUAUGCCCUUGGUGAACGGGAAGAAGGUGGAUGUCAGCAACGGCGACGUCGAUGACGACCUGCGAGACUACACGCGAACUGGUCGCCAGCGCAGCACAUUAUCUGCUAAAGCGAAGAGAUUUUGGAAAACUCGGGAGGAGGCUCCUAUGCCUGCUGUCGUCGGAUCAACAAAAUUCCUCUCCUCAGACGACAUCCGAACGAUAGUGGCCGAGGAAUUUGAAAAGAUGCGGGCGACGUGGGACGAAGUCGAAAAGCCGAAACUAGAGCUUGAGGCUCACAACAUCUAUCAUCAGUACGAGGGGAUGGUAGAAGCACUGCGGGCUGAAAUAAUGGACCUCGAAACGCGGAGAUUGGAAGGUCACCUCAACACGUACGCGUGUCUGCGAGUACAAACUUCGAAAGAGGUACGCACUCAAUGUGCAGCUUCAAGCGAGACGAUCAGAACGAUCUGUGAGAAGUUAUGGAUAGUGGACCUGCUGCACGGUGAACCUCCAGAGCCCCCAAGGCGCCCAGAGCGAAAGAAGAUAAACAGCGCCAGAGGCAAGAAGAAGUCUGGCACGAAAGCUGCGGCGGAGAAGGAAUCCUGGAGCGAUUUCAUAGCCAGCGAAGAUGAGUUUCCGAUGGAGGUGCCGGCCAGAACGAAAUGGGUUCACAGAUUCGGGUCGGAUACCGAUGAGGAGGCCGCAGAACGGCCACCUCCCUGGAAAGAAGUGAAAUGCGAAGAGGAUGAUUUGGAGAUGUCCGCUGCGAGGGAUGAGAGCGAUGAUACCGUCGUCUCUCCUGAGGUUCCGGAUGAGAUCUCUGCUGAUGAGGGCACUAUACCCGUUGAAGAUGUUGCUUCGUCUAUGGAUGCAAAUGCAGAAGAAUCAGGGGAGGAGAUGAUCAUUGAACCGUCCUUUCCCGCGCCGGCUCCCCGCUCGGAGAGUCCAACGUCACCAAAAACACCUCCCCCGCUACUGAAACAGAACGGCGACCUGGAAGUGACAGGUGCAGACGAAUCAAUGGAAGAGCUGAACACUGCGACGGUCUUGCCUCCGGUGCCUCGCCGGGACAGUGGGGGUCCAUCGACAGCGCCUGUACCCCCAUCGAAACCUGGCCGCGACCAUGGAGUCAUCUCCUUGGUGUCCGAUGACGAACCCUCCAGUCCCACCAAACCCCAGCCUCCAGCAAAUAUGCCUGGUGCGAAACCUAGUGGAUUCCCCACAUCCCGCUUAGCCAAAUACAUGGGGAAGGCGUCGAACCCGCCAGUAUCUGUAGAUGGGUCGAGCUCAUCGACGGAUGAUCGUGCUGUGCCCAAUUCCGAAAAGGCGAAAAAACGCCGAAUUCCCGUGGGCGGCAAAAUUCCAAGGGAUGUGCCGCGCUUCACCAAACCGAAGUCCACACGAUCGAAAGCUAGUCAGGCUUUGCAAGCUGAGAAGGCUUUGGAUGGCUAUUUCAUCAAAUACUGGUCGUUAGCCGGGAACGAUAGUCGUCUAUUGAAAAGCGUGAAUCGAGCACGUCAGGAUGCUGAAUUCGGCAUCCUUCCAGACCUCCGCACCCUGAAGCAAAAGCUGCAUCACCGCUUAGUGAUGGAGUUUGUUCAUUUCGUCCAGGGCCUGCACGCCCCUCCUGAGGACGAGGAGGGGGUGGAGAAGGUGGACCCGGGUACCAUACGGGACCAGUGGGUGGAAGCGCACAAUCGUGAACAGGAAAAAUCAGAUUUUCAGAUGUUCAUCGAAUUCCGACUGGCGGAGAAGACAUAUGACGAUGUGGAUGACAGAAUUUUGGACGAGAUUGCGUCUGCCUCGGAAGCUGAUGCGGAGGAAGUUUCGGUUCAUUCGCAGGAGGAGGAGGAUUCAGAUUUGGGCGCGAGACAGCCGGCUACGAGAAAGCGCUCCUUCAAACCAACGGUGAACAAAGGCACCCUCCGACGACCGACUUCAGGAAACAACACCAUUCGACGCGCAGUACCACGAAGCAGCAGCCCGAUAUCCGUGGAAGACAUCGCCUCCGGCGAAUCGGACGGUCCAAAAGAGCAGCGGCUGCCUCACCCUAAAGGGCGUAGGGAGAUCAAAGCGAUUCAGCCCGAGAACUUGGCAACGCUGAACAUCCGAAAUAAGAGACGGCAGCAGGACGCUCAGAUUGCGUCGCGAGCGAAAGCUCAGCAGAAGCGGUUCAAUGGUCCAGAAAAGAAGAUUCUCAUCAACCUGGGACAUGAUGACUCGGAGGAAGAUAUCUUCAUUCCCAACUUUUUGGCGAGAGAGCUGUUUGAUCAUCAGGUUCAGGGUGUGCAGUUUAUGUGGAAGAAUAUCUUGAUGGUCAAGCAGCCUUCUGCUGAUGGACACGGGAUGAGGCAUGCGGGAUGUAUUUUGGCGCAUGCGCAAGGAUUAGGCAAGACUAUUCAGACGAUCACCUUGAUAUAUACCCUGUUCCGAGAAAUCGCGCGGAACAAUCCGGCGGUCCCUGAGCAUUUGAAGAACAAACAAGCCUUGAUCGUCGUACCCCCAAUAGUGCUUGAGAAUUGGGCUCGAGAGUUUAACCAAUGGGUAGCACGCUCACAAGAUGCUGAUUCCCGUCUUGUGCGCGUUCUCUCGACGGCUCUGACCUUAGGCGAUAUGCAGCGUCUUGAGCAGAUUCGGGAUUGGCACGAAAACGGAGGCGUUCUCCUGGCAACCUAUGACUACAUCACUGGAAUGCACAAGAAUUUGGUACUAGCGGAAGCGAAGCUGCAGAUGGACCCAAGGAAGGAAACGGAACUGGCGAGCUUUGUCGCGCUCCGGAAAACGCUGUUUGAAGGCGCGUCUUUGAUUGUGUGUGAUGAGGGUCAUUAUAUCAAAAACAGCGAAUCGCAGCGUGCGAAUGCAUUGGGCCUCUUCCAGACACCAUCGCGUGUGUUGCUUACAGGAACUCCAUUGCAGAAUCAUUUGAGCGAAUAUUGGGUCAUGAUCGAUUAUGCGGUGAACAACUAUCUCGGCGACCUCAAAGAAUUCCGAAACGCCUAUGAGAAUCCAAUCAACAAUGGGUUGCAUAUAGACUCCACCGAAAUGGACAAAAAGCUCUCAAGACUUCGGUUAUAUGCUUUGACCAAGUUGAUCGAGCCCAUUGUACAACGAAAGGACACCAGCGUGCUAAAGACGGAGCUCAAGCCGAAAACCGAAUACGUCAUCGACUGCAAGGUCACCCAGCUGCAAUACGAGCUGCUGCGGGCGUACCUCACCAAUGCAGAUCUUCGCGAGGAGAACGCUGCCACUGUGUUAGCCCGGGUACCGUCGUUAAAGCAGUUGUGUGCCCAUCCACAAAUCUUCAAGGAGGAACUUGAGAAAAAGAAAUCUGGCGCUGUCGCAAAGAAAGCAAGGAUUGAUAAAGCCACUCCCGCUACUGACCCCGGACUGUUGGCUUUAACGUCGGAACCGGGCCAGGAUGAGAUUGGAGAAGACGAGAAUACCGCGGCUGAUGGGCUGCUCCAAACCCUGUAUCCAACGUUCGAUGAAAUCUUCGCGAAAUAUUCACCUGGCGAACGGAGUCGUGGUGGGUCAAGGGAAGGAAGUGUGGAUGGAGAAGAUGAUCGAAGGCUAACAGGUUCCGAUACAGUUGACAUCGUACAUUCGAACAAGAUGAAAGUCUUGGUCGAGAUUGUCAGGACCACCAAGAACAUGGGGAAGAAGAUCCUGAUUUUCACUAGCAGCAUCCCGACGCUAUACUUCAUCGUUGAGACGCUCAAAAAGGAGCAAAUCAACGUGCUAUCAUUCGAUGGCAGUACUUCUCUCGUGAAGAGACAGCGUGACAUUGAUGCCUUCAACAAGGAGUCCAAGUGCACAGCCUUUGCCAUAUCACUGAAGGCAGGCAACCUUGGAAUCAACCUAAGUGCUGCUAGCCGGGUUAUCCUUUUCGACUUAACCUGGAACCCAUCCGAUGCAGAGCAAGCUAUCUCCCGGGCGUAUCGUUAUCGACAACAGGAAGAGGUCAUCGUUUAUCGAAUACAAGCACACGAUACGUUCGAGUCGACAUUGUAUAAGAAAAAUAUCCAGAAGUUGGCCCUUUCAAAGCACGUCGUGGACCAGAAGCAAACCUCUCGGAACUUCACGAAAGCCGAAAUGAAGCAAUACUUCCGCGUCCCCGACAUGAGCGACAGUUGGCAGCUCUCCCCCGAAGACGAAGACGAGCUAUUCCCCGUAGAAAACCCCGAUCCGCCAUUGGAAGCGGUUCUUAGAAACCUGCGCGAAGAUCUCGUCGCCGUCCGCAAACACUCCGAUAUGCUGCAAGAGGUCGAGGAUGAAAUGAACGAUGAGGAAAAGGCGGCGAGUACCCAGUUCUACGAGGACGAGAAGGCCAGGAGGCGGAUGGGCAUGGCGCGCAGGGCGUCGUCGUCGGCGAGCAUGAAUAUACCGCCGAGUCCCGUGAAACCUGUCACUCCCGUGACUCCCGUGACUCCGAACUUGGGCCCUGAGAUGCCGCGCACUGGGUCGAUGAUUGAACAGCUUCUUGGCGGGUUCGGCGGGUUCGGCGGGUUCCCUGGCGUGAAUGUAAACCCGAGCUCUUGGAUGUUCAAAAGCACGUUUCCGCCGCCCAACGGUGAGUAGCUUAUGUAGUAUUCGAUGUAGUCGGCGGGAUUGGCG